AUGCUGUACAGACAGAUAGCCGGAAGGUAUUUAUCUAAUUUAGUUCGACCUACGAUAGCUGACAAAAUGUGUUUGGAUGUUUUAACUGAUUAUAAGGUCGCUGUGGAUAAAUUAAAUAGUUUGCAGAGUAAUGCACAUUAUAUUGAGCAAUAUGGUAAAAAAACCAAGGAUAAUCAACACAAGUUUAAUUCAGUUACACAAACAGAAAUAUUUCUUCAAAAGUCGGGGGUUUCACUGGAAGACUUGGAUAAGCUGUCAAUAAUCCAUGUGGCUGGAACUAAGGGAAAAGGCACGACUUGCGCAUUAUCGGAAAGUAUUCUUAGACAUCACGGAUAUAAGACUGGAUUUUUUUCAUCGCCACAUUUACUGGAAGUUAGGGAGAGAAUUCGAAUCAAUGGGUAUCCCAUUGAAAAAAAAGACUUUGUUAAUUAUUUCUGGAAAAUUUAUAAUGCUCUUGAUGCCAAUAAAAGUCAUGAGUAUGAUAUGCCUUUAUAUUUUGGAUUCAUGACACUUAUGGCUUUCCAUGUUUUUUUGGAUAAAAAAGUUGAUGUGGCUAUUGUGGAAGUUGGAAUUGGAGGAGAAUAUGAUUGCACCAAUAUUUUAAGAAAAAAAGACGUAACCGCCAUAACAUCUCUCGGCAUAGACCAUACCAUAAUACUGGGAGACACGAUCGAAUCAAUAGCUCAAAAUAAAGCCGGCAUAAUGAGAAAAGGGACUAGAACGUUUACAGUACCGCAGAGCGAUGAUGCCAUGAAAGUACUUAGCGAAGAAAGCGAUAAGAGGCAGAGCGAGUUAAUUGUGGUUAACAGCCAGCCAGACACCAUCGGUAAUGACGUAUUUCCCCAAUAUAUAUUUAAUUUGAACGCCGGUCUAGCGCAGGCUGUUAGCGAGUAUUGGAUGCAAAAACGUUCUAAUGGCAAAAUAUUUUCCAAAGAACUAACCAAAAUUGCGAUGGAGAAUUGCAAAUGGCCGGGUAGAUUCGAAAUAAGAAGUAGAAACAAUAUAUGUUAUUUUUUGGAUGGAGCACAUACCAUUGACAGUAUAAACGUUUGUAAUAAAUGGUUUGAAGAAAAAACGAAAUCUUCGCCAAAAAAAAAGGUUCUCAUGUUCAACCUAACAGGUGAUAGAGAUUCUGGGAAAAUUUUGAGCAAAUUACACGCUCAAAAGUUUGAUUUAGUGGCAUUUGUCCCCAAUCAAUCAAAAAAUGAUUCCAAGUCAGAUAAACAAUUGAUUAAGUGCAAGGAGUUCAUGACGCAGUGGUUGGAAUUGAACGAAGAAGAAUCGAACACCGAAGAGACGAAAGUUUUUCCCUCCGUUUAUGACGCGAUCGAGUAUCUGGAAAAUCAAGACGGCGAGUUUAAUAUGCUGGUGACUGGAUCGUUGCACUUGAUAGGGGCUGUGUUCGGAAUUUUGGAUCCUAACCUCAAAGGAACGCUUGUCUAAGUUUUUUUUAUAUAAGGAGAGAAUCUGAAUCUACAAUUUACUUCGCACAAGUUAAAAAAGUGAGGGGG